AGGAAUUUUUCCCCUCUACAGAAAUGGUCCCAUGAAUUUUUGCUCUAUCUGCAACCGUUUCGGCGGUAGGCACCACGAAAGACUGUUAUCUCGUCAACCGCAGAAAUCAAUAAUUAAUUACACCAAAUUCCGAUGGAAAACUAUACAUGGAAUACUUCGACUCGAAAUUCAUCGAAGAAGUGGAAACUGCGGCAUCGAAUACUGGAUCUGGGACAGCCUGUAUGCAAGCACGACGAGGAAAAGCGGGAUGUUUUGUGUGGGUCAGAGGACGGUGGGUGACCCUUUCUUGCCCCUAUCGAUCGACGCCUGUGCAGUGUGGAGCAAACAGCAGGAGCAGAACCAUCACAGAGCCAUCGGAAACAAUCGCCAUUCACGUUGAGCUCCUGAGCUCAUCGUUUCCGGGUUGUCAAUAAGAACCACUGUAAAAGCUUGUUUAUCGUCGGAUCGAUUGUCAUUAGCCUCGAGUUUUAUAAUCGAUUUCCAUUCCUGAUUUUUCAAACCUUAAAGAACCAUCGAACUGCGUCGAUCGAUCGGAUGCACGUGAAAGAAUUUUCCGCUUCGUAAUGUUGUUUGUGUCAUCAACUGCCGGUGCAAUUACGAGAUGUAUUUGAUUCGGCCUACUUCUGACUUUCAUUUUUUUAAAUCGUAAUAAAAUUUCGAUAGCGUUUUAACCAUGAAAAACUUUAUCCCGAUUUCUAACUCUAACUUUAAGGACUAACCGCAACAUUAAAUUGUACUUUUUGUUUUAUUUUUUUUUUGCUUUCUGAAUUCGUUUCGGUUUCGUUUCGACGAAUGUCAAAAUUCUGCAGCACUUCAGAUUUAUUUUUACGACUCUGUUGUUCAUUAGAAAAUUUUUGACGGGUGUGAGACGAGCGAAUAUUUCAAUUAAAUUGAGUGCAACGAGUGGAAAUUGAAAAGUUGUCUUUUUUCAUCGUGCCUGCCCGUUCCUGCGAAAAUAUUUCGAACGUCACGCGUUUAAUUGCUUUGAUAAAUUGACAAAUGAUCGUCGAAAAGAGUGCUCUCAUUUAUGUGGAGAUCGAGCACCGAUGACGUCUCAUUGAGUGAACGAGGAAGUAGUGCGUCAUUUGGAUCGAGCGAUAUUGAUCAAGGGGGCAAAAUAAGCUCUGUGGCGAAGGUCGCACUAGAGACGAAGUGCAUACACAUCCGCCGGUCGAUCAAAGUCAACCGAUUGGCAGUCGCAGUAGAAAGCUGCGACAAAUAUUUGCUGAAUAGAGAAAGAAGAAAAUGGGGACGGGAGUUUGAUGAAAUAGCGAAAUGCUUACGAAAGGAGAAUUUAAAAAAUGAGAAAUUCCAACUAGAAAGUUACGAAAAAACCUGAUUAAGGGGGGACUUCGGUCGGUUGAGAUUUGCGCUCGAACGCUCUUUAUUUAUCGUCUUGAAAUCUUUGGAAAACGUUCUAAAUAUCGAGUCAGACAAAUGGAAGUUGAAACGAUGUCGGAAAGCGAGGCAAAGCCGGCCUCGCCGGCGCCGCCGAGCGCGAACACCUUGAUCAGCAUCCAACCCCCCGUUCUACAAGUCGCAUGUCGAAUGCUACGCUCUCCCAGCCACGAGAGCGUGACCACGGACCUCUCGCUCUUCAGCGUCUCGUCCAUUGCCAGUGACGCUGCCAAAUGUGGCAACAGACUCGUCGCCUUCAAGUCUUACGGAGAUGGACAACUCUCCGGACGCGGGCCAUCACCCAAUCCUGAUUCUCGCGAGAUGCAAAGUAACAGGCCACCGGACAUUCCGGAGAUAUUGUGGUUUGAGGAAGAAACGGAAUUGAUCCGAAGUUGCGGUGCUCUCUCCUCGGCCCUCGGUUUACAGAAGAGUUUCAGCACGAGCGACGUUUCCCAGUUGCCAAGCCCAGAAACGGUCUCAGCUCAGGUUUUACGAUCCGCGGUAUCCGCACUGGCGAUCGACUCCGCUCAACGAAACGGCCUCCUCCUCGAACAAGCGAGACUCGAUCACGCCUCGAGGUCAUGCAGCACUUGGGUCGCCGUCGGCGAUCCCACGAGUACUUCCCAGCUUCCCAGUCCCCACGGAGGAACCACCCAACAACCACCGGCCGCUCCUCAUCCCCAGCCAAUCCCCUUCACUGCUGCCGACCUCGUCAGAUCCGUUAACAAAAAAGUUCGCCAAAAUUACAUCCGGCGAAGGCUUUUGACGACGUACCGAGCUCUCGAGCGAUUAUCCCAGAGUGAGUUCAACUUGGACAGACUGGAAGCAGCAGCAUCAGCGGCUCAGACGACCCCGGGCGCGACCCUGGUGGUGCCGGGAGUGCCGAGCGUCAUCGGAGCUGCUUUGGUUGGCCGAGAGAAUCCGAAUCAUCUUUUAACGCGAAGGGACGUCGAGAGGGAGCGAGGCAAGCAGCUGUCGAAAUACGAGAGAAAUAUGAUGAUUUUUAACUGGCUUCACACCCUCGACGACGCUGAAGUCGAGGACAGUAUUCUAUAAAGCGAAUGUCCUCGAAGAAAGCAUCGAUUCAAGCAAAAAUGGCAGUUGAAUGUUAAAGAGAAAUUUUCUCGAGGCAAGAUCUCCGCGAAAUCGGUAAAUGAGACUCGAAAACGAAGGAAAAACAAAACGAAGUAAAAAUCGUUUUCGUGAUAAAUUCAUUUCUCAUCGAAUUACGAAAAUUCGAGUAAAAAAUAGGGAUUCUCCUCGAAAAAGUAAAAAGUGCGACCAUCAUUUUUUGCCUACUUCGUAUCACCCCCACAAUCAACAGUCAAUUUAUUGGGUACUGAGUGCAUUUCGAUACGAUUUUACGAGUGCGUUUGGUUUCGCCUUUUAGGAAUAUCUCGUUUCCUUGCGUCCGCUUAAACCAGCCACAUGUACAGAUAUGUUAAGUUUCCGAAGAUAUUUGAGGUACGCGACGACGAAGGCUCGCGGGAACCAGCAGCACAUUGAAAGCCAGAAGAAAGAAAAUGAAAAGAAAAAACGAUGAAAAGUUUCAUGAGGAAAUGAAAACAUGGUUAGCUCAUACCCAGAGGCUGAAUCGUCGAACAAGCUUGCAACGAUUAUUGAGAGAUAAAAAUCUGAGUAUGUUAGCCGAACGUGUUUACACACACGUGAUUUCGCAACAUCGCACAGUUCAGAACCCUCAAAAUUAUUGUUUUCGACGAGAAUGUUCUACGCGCAAUUAUCGCUGAUAUUCGAGCACGAAUAUUUGCGUAUUAAAUUGUUUUAAUGAAGUAGUCUUAAGCAAAGAAUAUGCAGAAAUAAAUUGGAAUAAGGUUUGUGGUUGAAUCGCCCUCGCUUUUACAGGGAAAUUAACGUUUCGGAUAAAAUUUUACUAAAAUCUAAUUGAGUGUUCGUUCUAGUGUGCAUUUAACGCAAAUUUUAUCUUCGUUCAAGUUUGCACUGUUGGACCGCAGAAAAGAAUCUUUCACCUCCAAAAUUUAUGUCGAUACGAUAUUUGCAGUUUUUAAUAUUAUUACAAAAAUGAAAAUGUAGUUAUGCGGCGACGAGGAUUCCCGUUGCGGUCCAACGAUCACAAACAUCAAUGGCAUCAACUCUCAGAGACUUUUUACCAAAAAGUCAACAUUCUGGCAUUUUCCCAGAAAAUUCUACGCUGUGUUAUUUUUAUAAAUGGUGAAGACGUUUUUUUUCUUUUCGAAUGAAACAUUUUUAUCAGAGGACUCAAAAGUGGAAUUCGGAACCGUUUUUCCGCAAUCUCAAAGGACCAAAUCUCAAAAUUUCAAUAUAUAAUAAUAUAAAAAGAUAAAAAAUCAAAUUCCAUAAUUUUCAUUCGAUAUGAAAAAUGUUGAAAUUUCUCAAUGAAUUUCUGGUCGAGCCAAAGAGAUUCAUCCGAAAAAUCUACUUCGACUAGCUCUUUAGUGAACGAGUUCAAAGUUAUUUGCGAAAAAGACUUUAAUUCUGCCUCAGUUAUAAAAAGAAAUGAACAUGAAAAUAUUUGAAAAAAAUCUUGUCUAGCAAAAAUUCGGUGUUUUAAAAUCGACGAUUUGUUCAUUCUUGUCUGAAUAUGUGACGAAGCCUUCCAAAGAUUGAGAGAAGAUUUGGUCCAUUGAGAAUGUGAAGAAAAAAUGCAUUUUCAUCUUCUAAAUGAGGUUUCACAUGAUAAAAAAAAAAUUAUUAAUCAAGAUUUCAAAGAAUAUAAGAGAACAAUGGUUAUUGAAAUAAUUCAUAGCAAAAGUAUCAGAACUAAAAAGACAUACACAUUUCGUCCGUUUGUACAAGAUCAAGAAUACACAUCGGUCCCGUCCAUGGUAACUGCGAAUCGAGUCAUAUCUAUCACCGUUGAGCAUACCCAAAUUUUUAAAUUCGUGAGAUCACUCUUGCGCCACUGAGAAAGAAACAGUUGAACAGAGAAAUAUUGCUUGGAGAAAGAUUCGUAUACGAACAACUGGUGUCCGGUUAUUGAAAGGGUCAAUUGAUCGUACAAGAGAGUAUGAUUUUCAUGAAAAAAUUAUUUUCAAGAUGUAAAACGCAUCACACACGAUGUAUGGAUGAAUUAUCGUUAUAUUAUAGAAAAUAAGAUUUUAGUAUGUUUCAUAAGUUUAUUAUACAAAGCGUGUAAAGAGCUGAAAAUGUCGGCAUUCGUGUUCCUAUCACAGCCUUAAAUGUAUUAUUAUAUGCUAUAAACAAUGAUCGAGAUUAA